AUGGCUCCCCAGUAUACUGCCAAGCAGUCCGUUGCUCCCCAGCUUCACUUUGUCGAGGGUGCCGGCUCGCUGACGUUCUCCAAUGCCAAGCUCAUCUCGGCCAUCGUCGGCGUCCCCGCUGUCGUCAACGUGAUCCUGCCCAUCUCGCUCCGCUGGUACCCGCUGCUCCUCGUCAUCCUGGCCCUGCCCACUUUUGCGAUCUUCAACGUCAUCUUCUGCACCAUCGCCAAGCCCGUCCGCCCGCAGAAGGGUCUCCCUGGCCGCAACAUCGAGGACUACCUCGAGAUCAAGUCGAGCGAGCUGAGCGGCUACAAGGGCAAGAACAAGAUCCCCAUCGAGACCUUCUUCGAGGCCUACUUUGAUGAAAAGAUCGACAUCAAGGUCGAUAUGCUCGAGCUGCUCGAGAACCGCUAUGACUGGGCCAACUUUACCUUUACCCUGAGCCAGGCCAAGUUCUUCCUGACCCAGUGGAUCCCCGAGACCCUCUGGCACUCCAAGAAGCAAGAUGAGGACCAGGUCCGCGAGCACUACGAUCGUGGCGACGACUUUUACUACUCCUUCCUCGGAGACCGCAUGGUCUACACCUCUGGUAUCAUCGCCGACAAGUCCAAGGUCGAGACCCUCGAGCAGCUCCAGGACAACAAGCUCAACCUCGUGGCCGAAAAGAUCCGUCUCAAGGAGGGCGACCGCCACCUCGACAUUGGUUGUGGCUGGGGUACCCUCGCCGUCCACUGCGCCAAGAAGGGCUCCAACUCGACCGGUGUCACCCUCGGCCGCAACCAGACCGAGUGGGGUAUGCGCAAGGCCCAGGAGGCCGGUGUCUCGGAGCGUGUCCGCAUCCUCUGCAUGGACUACCGUGAUAUCCCCAACGAAAAGUACGACAAGAUCACCUGCCUCGAGAUGGCCGAGCACGUCGGCAUCCGCAAGUUCCAGGACUUUUUGAUCCAGGUCCGCGAGAUGCUCGAGGACGACGGUAUCUUCUUCCUGCAGAUUGCCGGUCUGCGUCGCGCCUGGCAGUACGAGGACCUGAUGUGGGGCCUGUUCAUGGCCAAGUACGUCUUCCCGGGUGCCGACGCCUCGCCUCCCCUGAACUGGGUCCUGGAGCAGCUCGAGCGCGCUGGAUUCGAGGUGCAGUCGACGGACACUAUUGGCGUCCACUACUCGGCCACCCUCUACCGCUGGUACCUCAACUGGAUGAACAACAAGACCGAGAUGACCAACAAGUACGGCGUCCGGUGGUUCCGCUGCUGGGAGCUGUUCCUGGCCUGGUCGACCAUCAUUGCCCGCCAGGGAAGCGCCACGGCCUACCAAAUCGUCUGCCACAAGAACCUGAACAAGUUUGACCGCGCGCAGUUUGUCUCUCGCCGUCUCCAGGCCUAA